AUACAGAACCUUCCAUUUUAUAGGUGAUUACUAACUGCUUAUUGAUUGAAUGAGACAAUAGAAAAAGAGACGAUCUCAUAGAAAGAUUUGCAGAUCUCGAAAAGUUUCAUUGAAUGUGGGUCUUGAAGGCUGGAGCUCCAGAGAAAGUCUUUCGGUCCUUGAGUGAUGUGGCUUUGGAGAAUGAUGAAGGUGUGAUGAUGACAGCUCUCAAAGAAGGAGAGGUUGCAGAGUUUUAGGAAACCCCCAGGAACAGGAGCACAGCUUCCCUCUGGCAGGAGAAUCAAGCUUUCUCAGCAGAGAAGAACAUGAGCUCCUCUCACAGCGAAAGAAAGGCGUCUCCUGAACCAGUGGUUUUGAAAAGAGAACGAGGGUCCCCAUGGGUCAGUGGCUCCGGACAGCAGAGGACCCUGUUAGCUGGGAGCCCUAAGGCCUUGGAGACAAGAAGGAGAGGAGUCGGCCCUUUGCUUGAACCUAUGACCCGAGGCUCUACUCCCACCCUGUACCUGCCCAUCGAGUUCCACAAGAUGGGCUCCUUUCGGCGGCCGAGACCCCGCUUCAUGAGCUCCCCUGUGCUGAGUGACCUGCCCCGCUUCCAGGCUGCCCGCCAGGCCAUGCAGCUCAGUUCCAAUUCGGCCUGGAACAGUGUCCAGACUGCGGUGAUCAAUGUGUUCAAAGGAGGAGGCCUGCAGAACAAUGAGCUGUUCCUGCUGAAUGAAAACAUCAGGCGGCUGCUGAAGAGCGAGCUUGGAUCCUUCAUUACAGACUAUUUCCAGAACCAGCUGCUUGCUAAGGGGCUCCUGUUUGUGGAAGAGAAGGUUCACCUGUGUGAAGGUAAAAAUCGAAUUGACCUUCUGGCCGAAGUAUGGGAUCACUUCUUCACUGAGACUCUCCCAACCCUACAGGCAAUAUUUUAUCCUGUUCAGGGGCAGGAGCUGACUAUCCGCCAAAUUGCCCUGCUUGGCUUUCGGGACCUCGUUCUCCUAAAAGUCAAGCUGGAGGAGAUGCUUCCUGUGGGGCAGACCAAAGUCCCGGCAUCCAUCAUCCAGAUGCUGCUCAUUCUGCAGAGUGUCCAUGAGCCCACGGGCCCCAGUGAGAGCUAUCUGCAGCUGGAGGAGCUGGUGAAACGGGUUGUGUCUCCCUUUCUGGGCACUGGCAGUGGGGAGCGAGCCUUCUCAAGCGCUGCUUGUACACUGGCCCGGCGCCAUUCCCGAUCCCGCCCCAAGGUGACCGUCCUGAGCUACUCGCAGGCGGCCGGGAGCCCCCGCCCUCUGCACGAGAUGGCCUUGACCCCCCUGACGGAACAAGAGGGGGAGGCCUACCUGGAGAAGUGCGGCAGCAUCCGCCGCCACACGGUGGCCAACGCCCACUCGGACAUCCAGCUGCUGGCCAUGGCCACCAUGAUGCACUCGGGCCUGGGGGAGGAGCCCGACCACGGGGACCAGUGUCUGCUGCUGCCGCCCAGCUUCCCCCCGCAGCGGCAGUGCUCCAGCGAGCCCAACAUCGUGGACGGCCCCGAGGAGCUGGAAGAGGGGGCCGAGGGCGUUCAGGAGCACGAGGAGCUCAGCUGCACGUCUCUGGGCUGAGCCGCGACCCCAGGAGGAGAAUCCCCGGGUGAGGGUUUCCCAGCAGCCGGAGAUGACACCAAAAAGUCUGUCCUGCUCAGUAAGGAACGUGCCUUUAGCUUUAUUACAGGGAAGAUCUGGAAGUGCGCCCAGCGUCCUCCAGGCCGGGCCCAUCCGUUCCCUUUGGAGAUAGUGCCUCCACCAACCCCUCUGAACCCCGUCCGGCCCGGUUCGGAGGCUCCCCAGCAGCCUCUUCCACCGAGAAUCCUGCGGUGCUGCCGGGUGGGCCGUUAUUCCAGCACUCGGUGGUUUGCUUGGUCCAGGACAUUUUUCUUGGAGUGAUUUUUCCCGUUGGGGCUUUUGAGGCAAAGGAUGAUGACAAAUGUACAGAGGAAGAGGAACGAGAGCGCUUACUUAGCUCCUUCUCUGCUGGGACAGUGAAAGACGGGAAGAUCCUUCUCAUUUCCCAAGAUUCCCAGGGAACGAUGGCGUCUUGGGAAGGCUUUGAAUUCGGAACAUCUUAGUGUGUGUGUGUUUCACGUGUCAAGGAAUCAUCCCCAAAGGUGGGACCGCAUGGAAUUGGUGGGGGUAGCAUUUCAGACCCAGCCGAGCAGGUGCUGUGACCCGGAAGGCUCUGGGGGACCCAAGCAGUUCCUCCUUUGGAACCCUUGGCAAAUGCAGAGAACAUGUGUGUGUGUGUAUGUGGAAGAGAGAGAACCAAGGCCUUUACCUUCUUACUUCAGACACUGACCUCCUUCCCCCACUCCCCACCCCAUUUUGAGUGAAAAUGACUGCCUGACAACUGUUGGACUAUUCCUGGAAUUGACUUGAAUUUUUAAACUUGCGUGUAUUUGAUUAAAAAUAAAAAGCUGUUUUUGUUCUUGUUUGCGAAGGUUUGCACGUAGGAUCUCGCACUUUUCAUCUAUUGUCUUCAAACUGGAAAGAAUACACCUUCCCUUCCCCACAACUAGGGGCCGGGGGAGUAUUUUAGGGAUGGUGAGGUUUCCGUGGUGAUGGCUGGUGGACCACAGCUUUUGAAACUAAAGUGAGACAUGUAUGGUGGUGUCGUAGCUUAGGAGGCAGAAAUCCUGCUUCUGAGAUCUCGUGGAUGGAGGGCUGGCUCUGGACCCUGAAAGGCUUGGGUGCAAGUCCCACCUUGGAUACAUCCCAGUCUUGUGAUGAUGGGCACUGACCUUUCAUUGGUAAUUCAAGACCCAUUACCAAUCUGCAUCUAAAGAAAUUUCUACCCUGAGAGUUUCCCCACUAGGGCAGGGGGAGGUGUUGAGGAAAUGGGAUCCAUCUUGCCUUGUGGAGUAAGAUGAUUUUUCCCUAAGUAAAUGAGACAGAUGAGAGAAAAACUCUGGUGGAUCCCAAACUUAUUGGACUAGCGGACCAGCAAUUGUUCCCCAUUUAGAAGUGGACUCCGCAUUAUUAAUCUUAUUUACAUCGUUAAAUCCAAACCUAUUGGGUGACUAUUACCUGUAAAGUCCAGCCAGCCUUCUCCCCUUUCUCUAAAUGUAUUCCACUGUCCAAAGCCCCUUCAGAUGACAUGGUCUUCCCUUAUUAGUCAGUCUGUGGAAAACUUCCCCCUUCCCCAGAAAUAAUAGUGACAAAAGCAAAUCUGGGCCCCUGGGGGAGGUGGUUAGAACCACCAGCAGGGGAGGAAGUAUCCCCUGAGCUUGAGGCCUAAUACAUCACCUCUGUCAUCAGCUGAUAGUAUCUAGGAAAUGCCGUAAUUUAUUUGCUUUUUUUGUUCAUUGUGUAACUUUGUUCGAUAAUUUAGAAAGUGUAUUUGUUAAAAAUUGCUCAAUUUAAAAUUGUGUUUUUAGUGACUCUUAGACUGUGAGCCAUGAAGAGAUCUCAGGUCAUCCAGCCCAGCCCCCUCAUGUCAGUCAUUUCUUUUCCUUCUGUCCUUCUGCAAUGAAAAAUAAGUUUUCUGAAAGACAUCUUUGAGAACUCAAAGAAAAGUUAUUUUUUUAAAGUGAAAUCUGUGUCUAUGUCUUGAUUAAGCUCUAUGCCCACUCAAAAUUAGAAAAAUAAUAGGUUGUGCUUCUGUUAACACUUCUGAUUUUCAACAGAAUGAUAUGUUUAUAUUUAACUGAUGGCUACUAUCCUUCACACAUCGAACAAAAAUCAUUUGCAUGCAUCCUAGAAUUGUGCUAAAAUUUUCUUUUUAAUGAUUGAGGCAAAGGAUCUGUUAAAAUAUACACAAAUAUAGCAGUGAUAUUUGAAGAAUCCCUAAUGAAAAUUAAAAAAAGAAGCCAUCAAAUAAAUGCAUAAGCCAUUAGGUUAAGUAUGAAAGUGUUCAUAAGGAAACAGUCCAUCAAAUCCUGUUUGCUGAUGGACAUGAGCCAGUUGGGAGACUUUACCCUCGAUCUGUACAUGUAUGUGAUUAUAUAUAAUAUAUCUUUAUAUUAUAUAAAAUUAUAUAUGUGUCAUUCCGUGUAUAUUAAAGAUUGGUUCAUGUUUUAUAGAUAGGUUAGCCUUCACAGUUGUAGCAAGAAUGUCCUUACUGAUAGGGCUGUUAUUUCCUCCAUUAUGGAGUGAGGGACCACUCCCAGUGUAUUUGCUAGGAUUUUCUUAUUGUUGACAGCAGCCGACACAACUAUAAAGUCCGGGCCCAUGAGCCCAAAGUCUUUCAAGUUGUCUAUUUGUUGUGUUUCCCAAAUAGAUUCAAUAAACACCAUUUUGUAUUUUGA